AUGAUUGUGGAUUUAUUAGAUCAAUGUAAACAAGAAGAUAAAGCCAAUGUCUAUUGUCAACAUCUUCUACAACAAUUAUCUCCUGAUCAUGUUUUAAUACCUCAUCUAAAAGAAAGAUUACAUAUGGAUGCAAAACUUCUACCAGAAUCUCUACGCACUGUUCAAUUUGUUCUUAUUGGUUUAACGAUGCAUUUUAAUCAAUUAGCAUCUGCUAUGUUGACUACUCUGCAAUCAUUAACCAAUGAUUCUAUAUUAAUAUAUAAUAACAGUUCAAAAGUCGAUUUCGAGACAAUGCCUGAUACGGCAAUUCUAGUUUUUACAACUAAUCAAAUUAUGUCUACUAUGACGAAUAUAUCUGAACAGCACAUAAAGUUUUUUAUCUUAGAAGAGGAUAAUAAUAGAGUUGAUCAAAGGGAACGAUUUGAUAAUUGCGAAGAUCUUAUGUUUCAAUUGGCUGAUGAAUUAUAUCGUUAUUAUAAAUUGGAAGCUAUUGGUGAUACAAAAUUAGGUAACAUUUCUUUAGCAAAAGAAAAAGAAGAAAAAGCCAGUCGAAUUCAUAAAGAAUUAAAAGAAAUUCAUCAAAGAUUUUCUCGCAUUGAUACCACUGAUAUUUGUACAACAACAAAACUUAUUUGGUUACAAUCAACAUAUAAUACUAAUGAUGAUAUGAUUAAAAUUCAAAAUCUAUUUGAAAAUAUUCUUCCAUCAUUUUUAAUAUUUACCAACAAAGAAGAAUGUCAUUAUCAUAUAUGUACAACUGAAAUGAAUCAUAUUGUAUUUCUUAUUAUGGAUACUAUUUACAAAGAUUCAUCUGCAAUUGGUUUUCAACAAUUUGGUAACGUUAAAAAUAUUUAUUUUUAUGAUCAAUCACCAUCUGCAAAAACUUAUACUAAUGCUUGUUUUCAAUUAACACAUGACUUAAUUUCAUAUUAUAACAAAUUGGGAAAUGAAUGUAACGCUAAAAAGAAUGCAGAAAAAGCUAAAGAUAUGUUUGUGAGAGCACAAAAAUUAUGUGAACUUCUCAUCGAACUUUAA